GGCUAUGCCCAUCCAUUUAGUCUAAGCCAGCGUACCAGUCGUCCAUAGGAGAAAUCUCAGUGAACGCAUUCCACCUUUUUUCCUGGGCAUGAUUUUGGGAGACAGAUUAUAACUUAUCAUUCAACAAAUUUUCUUCCUCGAUACUUGGUGUGAUAAUUUCACUUUUGCUUGAAAAAAGUGGAGAAUGUGAUACAUGGUAUCGAUGAUAAUAAUAUUCGAUAUAGUUGGCUUGGGGAUUGAGUAAUAUGUUUUGAGCUUUCUGGACCUUGGUAAUAAUUAUGUUUAUUGAUUAUUUGUUAGUACAACUCCCUCGUAGUCGUAGCUAAAGUGUUUGGCUACUGAGAAAUUGAAGUUGAAAAAUGAAGUAAAUGACGUUAAUCCAAUCAGUGAUACAUUUGUGUUUAUUUGUCAAAUCAAAUUUUGGGCUGAUUGGUUUUGCAUUGCCUUAUGUGAACCAAAACUUGAAAAUAUUGCCCACAAUUUCUUCUAAAAGGGUUUUCUGUUAUCUUUCUUUAGUCUUAAUUAAUAUUGCUUGGUUAUCAAUAAGAAAUGCUAUUCAAGUGUUUAUGGUUUUGGGUUUGUUUUCUGUGUUUGUUGUUCUUGUUGGUAUUUGUAAUUGGGCGUAUUCCUUUCAUGGGUUAUUGGGUAGUGUGUAAUUAUCUAAGAACCAACUGUAAAUUGUUUAUUUGUUGCAUAUGGACAUUGGUUUGUGUUGUUUCGUCAAUUUCUAUUUCAGUUGGUUGGGAAUGUUCAGCUUCAAUAUUGUGUUUUUGUUUUAAAAAGCAGGAAACCUGUAAAAAAAAUACCAAUUAAGCAGGGGAAUCUAAUUUAUAUCUCUCUCAUUGAUUAUUUUGACUUGUUAUUCAAUGAAAGUAACUGUAUUUUGACUAUGAUAUCUGUUUAGUUGUUGAGAAAGUGUGAAAACAAGUAAUCUGAAGUGUCAAUGUUAAAUUUCCUGUAUGCAUCAGAUAAAGUGAGUGUCUAGUGUGGUUCACAGAAACAACUGAUUACUGAGGGAGUCUGGUCUAUCCACACCCAAAGUACCAUCUUACCCUAAAAAUCUCGAUCAGAAAAUACUCUCAAGGAUGGCAGAGUUUCUUUUUGAAGAUGUUUUCAAGAUUGAUCGACUGAACCCCGAUGGGAAGAAGUUUGACAAAGUCACUAGAAUAGAGGCAAAGAGUGAGAAGUUUGAUAUGUUCAUGCACCUAGAUGUGAACACAGAAGUGUACCCACUGAAGGAAGGUGAGAAAUUUUCAAUGGCGUUGAGCCCCACACUGAAUGAGGAUGGAACACCUGACAGUGCCUACUUCACUCCAAGCAAUCGCAAGACACUUGCCGAUAACUAUGAAUAUGUCAUGCAAGGGAAGCUGUUCAAGAUUUCUGAAGGUAAAGGACAUCAUGGUAAGGCAGAGAUAGAUGCUUCAUUUGGCGGGCUGUUGAUGAUGAUGAAGGGUGAUCCAUCUUAUUUCAAGAAGUAUGAACUUGAUCAGAGGCUAUUUCUCCUCAUGAGGAAGGUGUAAAAUUCAGUAGUUUAAGAUAAUGGUCUCUUGGAAUGAAUAGUUGAACUUGGUUCGCUUUUGUUUCUUCUCCUAAGAAAGGUGUAAAACUUGUUUAUGCCAAAGUUUCUGUUUGUGCUGUAUGAAAAGUUUAAGCUGGUGACAUAUUGAGUAAUGGCUUCAUUCUCUUACUCACAUUUAAUGUUAAUUAAAAGCAAUAUCCUCUUUUAAGUGCC